UUCCGUCAUUCGCUCAUUAUAAAUCAGUCGUGUUUUUAUUACAUUCACAAUUUCGUUGCGUUGCGUGCUACUUUAAAAUAUUUUCAAUAACAAUCAUCUUCGUCUAAUCUCGUCAGUAGUGUCGGUGGUGUGGUGAAUAUAAAAUUUAAAGUGUUGUGAAAAAGACGGUGUUUUGUUUAUAAUUCUUGAUAACAUGUAAUGUUUUUUGAAAAUGAAGUGCUAUUUCAAUGGUAGGCUCAGCAAAGGAACACCAAUAUUUGUCAAAAGAUAAGAAGUUUGCAAAAACGGUACAAUGGAUGAUGAUGAGGCAGACUUGCGCGAGCAGAUAUUCCACAAUAAUGUCAGGGAGCAAAUUAUAUUCCUUCUACUAUUCAUAUUACUAUACCUUGUGUCAUUUAUGCUAAUUGAAAAGUUCCGACGUCGAGACAGCGAGGAUUACUUCACUGGAGAUGAAGAUGAAGUGAAAGUUUACAGAAUCAGUCUCUGGCUGUGCACCUUUGCACUAGCCGUGUCACUGGGCUCCGCUCUCUUACUGCCUGUAUCUAUAGUCAGCAAUGAAGUACUCAUACUAUACCCUAACAGUUAUUAUGUCAAAUGGCUCAACAGCUCUCUCAUUCAAGGGUUAUGGAACCACGUAUUCCUAUUUUCCAAUCUGUCAAUGUUCGUGUUCCUGCCUUUCGCGUAUCUGUUCUCGGAGUCGUCCGGGUUCCCUGGGUGUAGGGGAUUGAGGGGCAGAGUGUACGAGACCUUCAUAGUCCUCGCGUUACUUGGUGUUGCUAUGCUGGGCCUGGCCUACGUUAUCUCAGCCUGGUUGGAAGGCGACCGAUCCAGUAUUGAUGCUCUGCUUAAUUUGUGGACAUACCUACCUUUCCUGUAUUCCUGUGUGUCGUUCGUUGGAGUUCUUAUGUUACUAGUAUUCACUCCGCUCGGCUUCGUGAGAUUGUUCGGCGUGGUGGGCGGGGUGCUCGUCAAGCCUCAGUUCCUCAGGGACCUCAACGAGGAGUACUACGUGUACUCUUUCGAAGAGGACACUAUCAGGCGGCGUAUCAACAAUGCUGUCUCUACAGGAGUGGGCUACAUAUCCCCCGAGCCCAUGUACCCUGACCGCGGUGACAUAUCGGCCCCAUUGGACGCUGAUGUGUCAAUAUCGAAGGACAGCCAACGAGCUGCCGAGAAACGGGGCAAGGAGACACCCUUGCUUCGUCUGAGGAAUGGCGCCCUUCAAGCCGGACUGAACGAAAGGCUGCACAGAGUCGUGGCUAUGAGGAAGGAGGUAGAGGGUCAACGCAAGACAUCGUCCCUUCAACGCAACGUGGUGUACCCACUGGCGAUGUUGUUACUGUUAGCACUCACCACCAUCACAGUGCUCAUGGUGCUGCAGAACACGCUCGAACUGCUCAUCGGAAUCAAAGCAUUGCCACUUAGCACACGGCAAUUCACGCUGGGCAUAGCGUCGCUGUCGAAGCUGGGGUGUGCGGGCGCGGUGCUGGAGGCGUUCCUGAUCGUGUACCUGUACGCGGCGUCGCUGACGGGGCUGGGCACGCCGCUGCGCGCGCUGCGCCUGCUGCCGCGCGCGCGCCGCACGCCGCUCGCGCGCAUCAUCGCGCACUGCACGCUACUCCUCGCGUACUCCACUGCGCAUCCACUACUCGUCAAGAUGCUCGGCAUAACGAACUUCGAUUUGCUGGGUGAAUUUGGGCGCAUCGAAUGGCUGGGGAACUUCAAGCUGGUUCUGUUAUACAAUGCCAUAUUCGCGGGCACGGUGACGCUGUGCCUUGUCAGCAAGUUCACGGCUAGCGUGAGGCGUGAGCUGUACAACAGAUUCAGGUGGAUUGCAGAUGUUUUCACUUUCCAAGAGGAAACAAGGCCCAAAGUAGUUCCAAAAACUGCAUUAAAUGCAACACAAGCAUCUUUAGAAAGAAGCCCAGCUCCUGAGAAGCUUGAAAAUGUUGACACUGAAGAUGCCAAGACAAAGUGACAAGUGAUGGUGGUGAUAAUAAUAUUAUGUGGAAUUAGAAAAAAAUGUCCUGUUAAAUCGCUAUUCAAAAUAAACCAAAGUCUAGGGCAAAGAUUUAAGUUAUGGAUUUGACUGUAUAUUGCACUCAAAUAUCUAUUGAGUGCAAAUUUUAUUGCUUGCCUUGCCUCCAAUUUUUAUUGAACACCUUAAAAAAUGUGAAAGAUUCAUUGGGCUGAUUUUUUAAACGCCAGGUACCUACCUAAUUAAAUUGGAAGAAUCUUUUUGUAGUUUUAACAACUGAACUGUACAGUUGGCACAAUGGCUGGGCAACCGGCUGCCGCGCAGCAUGUCAGGGUGUGCGAUUCGAGCACGGAACAACUCUUUGUAUGAUCUAUAAGUUCUUGUUCCGGGUUUGGGUGUCAGUGGAUGUGAAAUUGUAUGUUCUGAAACGCGACCGCGACAAGCGAAAUUCCUAGUGUGGGGUUUUUAGUGUUAAAAACGCGUGUUAUAAAACAUUCUAUUUUAUUCUACUGCUAAAAAUUAAGAUUUGAUUGAAAAAUCGGCCCUAAUUGUUUAAAAAUGCAUUUUAUGUGAUGAUGAAUGUGAUAAGACUUGUCAUAAGCUUGCACAAAUACAACAGCGAAGCAAUCAAAUUACUUUUAUACAUUAUAAUAAGGCAAAAAUGUGAUAGCAAAGUAAUGAAACUUUAUUCAUAAACAAUCUAUUUGCAAUCAAACAAGAGUAAUCUUUACAUUUUUAUAAGAGUAAAACUCUCAAUUUACGCCGACGCGGAAUGGAAUGGAAGCUUCAAUUUCACCUCGUAACAUAACGUGUAAGAUUCUUGGCAGCUUAUUGCUGGGACCUAUCACCUAUCCAACUAACUCUCUACUCCCUCCACUGGAUUCUACAGACAGCGUCGGAGUCAGGGGAAUUCUCGAGAAUGCGCGAGGCAAGUGCGAUGAUACCUUGAAGGACAAGCAAUUUUUUUUGGUUCUUUUCUAGUUUGUAUGUUCUACAACUACACAGCCAUAAUGAUAUCCUUUAUCAUUAUGGCUGUGUAAAUUAAUAUUUGUUCGAAAUAAUUGCUUCCAUUCUAUUUCGCAAAGUUUCUGAAACACAAAAAUGAGCCUAAAUCCUAGACUUGAUGCCUGUAACUCAUGGAAAAUAAUUAUCUAUAAAACAUGUAUUAUGUAUAUAAUUUAAUAUGAGAUGUGUCUCCACUGCAAUAUCUGUGAUGAAUUAAUAUAGUUAUUCUGUAUUUAUUGGUAUGAUUGUAAAUAUUGUGAUUGUAAAAAUAAUAAAUUAUGUACACAGUUUAA